GAACCCGGGACAGCUGCCCGCCUGCCUCAACGUGGGAGACUGCUGGCUGCUGAACUUUUCUGUCCUGCGAUGCUGGGCUGAACCUCCGGAUCUGAAAGCCAUCCCUCCUGUAUUUCCCAGCUGGUCAGACUGAAAGAGAUUAAUGGACUGAUCGAACAGCCGUAGCUUGCGAGCCUCGUCUGGGGGGUUGCUCCUUCAGCCCCCUUAGCUCGGGUGUUCGUGGAGAGGGCAACAGGACGCCUUUGCAUAGGCAGGUCGCCGGCUCGCUCGAGGUGGGAGGCUUUCUCCUCACCAGGUCUCCUCCGCAGAGGAGCAGAGGCAGAUGAGCCCCCAGGACUGCCCCCAGGGCAGAACUUUGUAGCGCUCCGGGCGUCCCCCCGCAGCGUGGAUGUGAGCUGCACGAGUUGGGGAUGUCUGAGGCAGCCUCUGCCGAGUGACACCCAGCAGCUGCUCCGGAGGAUUCGGCGUGGUCUCACGCUCAAGGGCUUUGCCUGUUGUGAAGAUGCCCAUGGUGUUUCUGUGAAGCUGAGGUAUGGCUGCUGGAAGGUUGCUGCUGUAUGCUGGCCUCUCUUUAGCUCUGUGUGCCCUGGGCAUGCUGGCUGUGGCGAUCUGCUCUGACCAUUGGUACGAAACUGAUGCCAGGAAGCACAGAGAGAGGUGCAAGAGCAUCACCACUAAGAGAAAUGAUCCUGGCUUCAUAUAUAACUCCAACAACAACCUGCCUCUCAGGGCCAGCAGGUCGAGGUUGGACCGCUGGGAAGGGAAACUCCUCUUGGCAAGGAACAGGAGGCAGAUCUUUGCCAUGAGCGCAGUCGAUGAGUGCAACAGACAGUACAACUCAACCAACAUGGGGCUCUGGAGGAAAUGCCACCGGCAAGGGUUCGACCAAGAGCUGGAGGAGCUGAUUGCCAAAGGAGCAAUUGAGCGGUGCACGUACAUCAAGUACCACUACUCCUCAGCGACCAUUCCCAAGAACCUCACCUACAACAUCACCAAGACAAUCCGCCAGGAUGAGUGGCAUGCCUUGCAUCUGCGCAGGAUGACAGCUGGCUUCAUGGGCAUGGCCGUGGCCAUCAUCCUGUUUGGAUGGAUUAUCGGGGUGCUGGGGUGCUGCUGGGAUCGAGGCCUUAUGCAGUAUGUGGCGGGGCUUCUCUUCCUCAUGGGAGGAACCUUCUGCAUCAUUUCACUGUGCACGUGUGUGGCUGGAAUCAACUUUGAGCUCUCCCGUUACCCCCGCUACCUGUACGGACUUCCCGACGACAUCAGCCAUGGCUAUGGCUGGUCCAUGUUCUGUGCGUGGGGGGGCCUGGGCCUCACUCUUAUCUCUGGCUUCUUCUGCACCCUGGCCCCUUCUGUCCAACCUGUCCCCAGGACCAACUGCCCCAAAUCUAGACCUGAGAAUGGGACAGUGUGCUAA